CGUAGUUUCGUCUUAUUUCUUGCCCCUUUGUCGCACCACACAGAGACUGACAGAGCCGAACGGCGAAUAUGGAAGGGAUUGGACUGCGAAGUUGCGGACAGGAUAUUCUCCGUCUCGGAUUUAAAUUACGCGGUGGUAUCGGCGGCCGGAUUCCGAUUCUCCGGCGAGCUAUGGGAAUAAAGAUGAGAGACCGUAGCAAGAACAGGAAACCAUUGCAGAGAGGUCGAAUGCUCAGUAUCGAAGCGAUUCAAGCGGUUCAAGCCCUGAAGCGAGCUAAUCCUCUUCUUCCUCCUCCUUCUCCUUCUUCUUCCUCAGCUCUGGUUGAUCGUGUAAUCAUCUCCAAAUUCCGUCGGCUCUUGAAAUUCGAUAUGGUCGCCGUUCUCAGAGAACUUCUACGCCAAAACGAGUGCUCUCUAGCUCUCAAGGUUUUUGAAGAGAUUCGAAAGGAGUAUUGGUACAAGCCUCAGGUGAGAAUGUACACAGAUAUGAUCACUGUAAUGGCGGAUAAUAGUUUGAUGGAAGAGGUCAAUUAUCUUUACUCAGCUAUGAAAUCAGAAAAGGGUUUAAUGGCUGACAUUGAAUGGUUCAACACUCUCUUGACGAUUCUUUUGAAUCAUAAGCUGUUUGAUCUUGUCAUGGAUUGUUAUGCCUUUAUGCAAUCUAUUGGCUAUGAGCCUGAUAGAGCCUCCUUUAGGAUUCUAGUCUUAGGCCUUGAAUCAAAUGGUGAAAUGAGUUUAUCCGCUAUUGUUAGGAAAGAUGCUCAUGAGUAUUACGGUGAAUCACUCGAGUUUAUCGAAGAAGAGGAAGAAAUCUCUAGUGGGACUGGUGUGUUGAUCUAACAAUGGAGCAAAAACGUUGAGAGAUUGGAGCUCUUCAUGCUUCUAUGUUCAGUCGAGCUCGAGGUUUGAUCAUAUCGUAUACUAAUACCUUCCGAGUAUGCCGGAUGAGAUGAUGCGUUGAUUCUAGUAUCUAAGGUUAGCCAAACCAUAUCAUGUAGGCUUGUAACAUAGAAAUGUUACCGAGUAUGCGAGUUUUGAUUGCCUGAACUAGGAUCUGUUCCAAGUCACUCAAGUCACCAUGUCUAUGGAGACAUUUAUAGCUUCAAAUUCCAUCACAAUUGGAGUUUUGUUAUUUGUAAACCUCUUGUUGAUGUUAUAAGUACACUUUUGAGUAUUCAAAUAUUUAAGCUUGAAGUACCACAA